AUGGAAAAGCCUAACAUACAUCCGGUUGACGGGCACAUUACGGUUUCUCUCGUUCCCAAGAAUGAAAAUCCGAUGCUUUCAGGCAUCGUCAUAGCUGGGAAGAAUGCAGCAUCUGUAUUGUGGGAAACCAAGGCCCCGUCCACAGACGCCUCAGUCGGAAGACGGCCGCUCCCUACUGCACCAAUCGCGACAAUUGGUCCCAUAACCCCUGUUGUCACCCCAAAUCCACACCAGAAGGAACUCACGAUCCCUUCAAGCCCUGGUGCAUGGACGGACGUAAAAUAUAGCAGUGGGAGCCCAGUUGCUCGUCACGAAGCGUGUGCUGUUUUCGUAGACGGCCUCGUCUACAGUAUUGGCGGGCGUGGCAUGAAACCUGUCAGCGUAUUCAACCCGAUGAGUGGAGAAUGGAGCCAGAGAACUGGACCGCCAGUUGAAAUUAAUCACAUGCAGUGCAUUCACCACGAGAACAAGAUUUACACUGGAGGUUCUUGGUACGGAAAAUUCCCGUACGAGCAGGAGCACGAAGUGAUGUGGACCUACGAUAUUCUCUCAGAUUCAUGGAAUAGCGUAGAGGGUCUUCCAGAGGGCAGACGGCGUGGGGGAGGAGCGUUUGUUGUGUACGAAGGCAAGUUUUACCUUUCCCAUGGAGCGAUUGGUGGACAUGGAACUCAUGCAACCGCGACCUCAAUGUUGGAUAUGUACGAUCCCAAAACUGAUAUAUGGACGCCUCUUCCGGAUGGCCCGACACCACGUGAUCACACUGCCGGAGCAGUUGUGAAUGGAAAGCUUUGCGUCGCAGGUGGUCGUAACGGCGCGUCUUCGGACUUUUGGAACGCAAAUAUUGCCCCCGUUGUAUGCUACUCAUUCAAGACAGGUACAUGGGAGUCGAAAGCUUCCCUCCCGGUCCCUCGCGGCGGUUCUAUGGUAGGCACUACAUGCUCAGGAUUGGUCAUGAUUGCUGGCGGAGAAGGCAAAACUCAAACGAACCAGGCGGGACAAGCGUAUGAUAGAGUUGACUUUUACGAUGAGUCGAAAGAUGUCUUCUUGGAACCCUCGUACAUGACGAGUCGCCGACAUGGUUCUGGUAUGGCUAUUACAUCUUGUGAAUGUGGUAUGAUUUACGUGCCUUCUGGCUCAGCUGGACUCGGGGGCGGUCCCGAAGUCACUACAACUGAUGCUUGGUCUGUUGACGGGGUUGUGCAACAAUGCGCAUAA